AUAAAUUUCUCUGGAAUUUCCAAGUGAACUCUGAGACAGUGCAAUUUUGUUUGAUUGAUGAUCAUGUAUUUGUUGACAGGGAAACCCUCCUUCACACCCAAAUUGGUGCUGUCUUCUUCUUCUUCAACUUCAUCUUCAUCGUCAUCUUCAAUUUCCAUCGUUUCAUUCCGAACUCGUUCAACCACAUCGAUUAGUUUUCCCAGAAAUUCAAACCGUAAAGGAAGAUUUCCAUUGAGGGUUGAAGCUUAUGAUUCCUCCACCAACCCUGCUGGAGAUUCCAAUUCCAAACCCCCUAACGGCACUCUCUCAAAGAGCAGGAGAGAGAUUUUGCUGGAAUAUGUUAAGAAUGUGCAGCCGGAAUUUAUGGAAAUGUUUGUGAAAAGAGCACCUCAACAGGUUGUGGAUGCUAUGCGGCAAACAGUGACAAAUAUGAUUGGAACACUCCCCCCUCAAUUUUUUGCUGUCACAAUUACCACUGUAGCUGAAAACCUUGCACAGCUCAUGUACAGUGUCAUGAUGACUGGAUACAUGUUCAAGAAUGCACAAUACCGUUUGGAAUUGCAAGAAGGUUUGGAACAGGUUGCCCUUCCUGAUGUGCAAGAUAAAAAGGAUAAGCCAGAUUAUGCACCUGGGACACAAAAGAAUGUUUCAGGUGAAGUCCUUCGGUGGAACCAUGUUUCUGGACCUGAAAGAAUAGAUGCUAAAAAGUAUAUUGAAUUACUUGAAGUGGAGAUUGAGGAGCUGAAUCGUCAAGUUGGAAGACAAUCUAGCAAUGCACAAAAUGAACUGUUGGAAUACCUAAAAUCUCUUGAGCCUCGGAACUUGAAGGACUUGACUAGUAGUGCUGGGGAGGACGUUGUGCUUGCAAUGAAUACAUUUAUAAAGCGCCUACUGGCUGUUGCAGAUCCUAGUCAAAUGAAGACUAGCGUGACUGAGACUAGUGCAACUGAACUUAGCAAACUUCUUUAUUGGUUGAUGGUGGUCGGGUACAGCAUUCGCAAUAUUGAAGUUCGUUAUGACAUGGAAAGAGUACUUGGUACUCCUCCAAAGCUGGCUGAAUUGCCACCAGGUGAAAAUGUUUAAGCAGUCAUAAAGUUGGUCAUUGAAAUACGGUUGUGCCCCCAAGUUGGAACCCUGUUCCCUAAGACUUUUGUUGAUUGGUUGAAGGCACAGUCAUGACCUGAAGGAGAAGGCUGCAUUUUUUCAGAGGCCCUGAACUAUUGGUUUCCUGAUAGUAUAUCUGAUGAAACAUUUUUUCUCUUUUGGGUAUAUCUCAUGAAACCUAACCCUUUUUCUUUUGGGUACGAUGAAACUUUUAUUGAGAGUUAUACCAACAAGAUAUCAAGAUUGAUUCCCUGAAGAUGUUGUCUAUCGUUUAAUUUAUAUGUAACUGCUUUGACAGCAUGAACUGUAGUGAAUCUUUUAUAGACAACAAUGGUUGCUGAGGUUGUCAACAUAACUACGCCAAAUCUGCAUGUUGCUUCCAUCCGAGUCUUGCGUUGCCUGAUCAGGCCGUUCAUUUUUAUAGCAGCAUUCUUACAUUGUUGGGAACUUUACAUGUGUGUUUGAAUUUUAGUUAAACAGAUGACUUUUAUCUCAAUCCAUAAGAAGAGUUUGGUUCA